AACCCAAAAAGAAAGAAAAAUGGUAGAAAAAAUAUCACAAUUCAUAAAUUAACAAAUCAAUCCACUCCCCAUAAAACCUCUCAACCCCAAACACCAAAUACAAUGACAGACACAGCAACAUCCGACGUCUCCGACGGAGCAGUCCUCAACGUUAUCAACUAACGCCUUCGUUCCCUUCGUAAAAAACACAACCUCAUUGUCCAAAUGGAAGGAUCACUUUCUAAUGGCAAAACCCUUAACAAAGAACAACAAGAAACUCUCCGUUCCAAACCAGCAAUCAUCGCAGGCAUCGACAAGCUUGAGAAGCUUCGCGAGCCUCUCACAUCCGCCGUGGCUGAAGAAAUCAACCUCGCCACGUCAGCCAACCUUUCCACGUCAGUUGACUCAAAUUCUGAUACCGAGAGUUUAAUGUUGGUGGUUGAGGAUUAGUUAAGCUGUUUUAUUUCAGGUUUAUGUUUGAUGUGAAGUCGUUACAGAGUGAUUUUAUGUUGAGGAGGAUGCAUGAGAGAGCGUGUUGUUUGAGUUAUGAUUGUAUGCAGGAGGAUGAUGAUUCGACUGAUGUGGUGGAUGAUAUGUUAGGGGAGAGGGAUUUGGAUUUGAUUUCAAUGGUUAGUGGGCUUUUAAUUUCGAGACCUGUUAAUUCUCCUUUGCCGCAUAAGCGUGCACUUGAACAGUGCAUUGAGCGUGCGAAGCUUUGGAUUGCGAAGUCUGAUAAGCAAAUUGUACCUGAUUCUGAUACCACUUAUGCUGAGUUGAGAUCGAAGCUGAACAGGAUAAUGUCUUCACUUUAUUUUACUACGGAGCCUGUUAAAGUGGAGGCAGCUGCUGCAAACUAUGCGUCACAUUCAGUGCCUGUAGAAGAGUCUGUGGGUGCUGUGCCUAUCAGUGAACCCAUGCAAGUGCACACUAUUGCUGUGCAGAGUCAGCAGAAGCUCAAACUACAUCCAGGCCCCGAAGGACAUAUCAGAAUAAAAACUACAGGGGUAGUAAUCGCAAUGGGGGUGGAGGAGGCCGUAGGGGAUAUUCUGAUGGCCAUGGAGGGCGUGGUAGGAGCGGGUCCUACCAGAAUGGUGGCUGCAACCAAUACUAUGAUCAAUCUAGUAACUACUUCCAGAAGAGCUAAUAACAAAUUAUAGGGGAAGAGGAGGUGGGGGAGGAGGUACUGUUGGUGGGAGUUACAACAACCCCCAUGCUUCAAGUGGUCAAGCUGGCAAUGUCUCUGUUGAUUCAUAGCCUUGUUUGGAUGUUUAUAAACUUUUCCUUUGCUAGCAUUUUCUGGGGAGAUGGGGAGGGGAGGGGCGGGGGUGGAUUUAGUGGUCAGUAUGUUUCCCUGUUAAAUGGAACGCGUAUCUUGUAGUUUUUGAAUAGUUGUAGGCUUGUAGCUGUUGCUUAAACUUUCACUAAUUCAAGAUCAGUUUUGGUUAUCAAGUUUCUUAACUGAUAGUUUGAAGGUUCGUUCUUUUGGCCGUGGAUGUGUAAAUGAUAUUUUGAAAAUUUGUAAUGGGGCAGGUGAGGUGGCGAGUUAGCACUCCUU